AUGGCUCGUGCAUUUGUGGGCAAGUCGCUUUCUCGAGACCAGUACUGGGUCGACGGUCAAGUAUCCUACUUGGCCUACGUAUGGGCGGCGGCUCGGGGUAUUCAACAAUGGCCGAAGUGGGCGCAGCCGCUGGUAUACCGCUUUGUCAAGGGCUACAGAGACUUACGGAACGAAGAGAGACGGCUCGCAGACCGUCUGAGGACCGAGUUUGAAGUGGCUAGACUAGGGAAUGAUCGCAGUGAAGCGGGCAAGAUCCGGGAGCGGACCAUGAUCGACGACUUUCUGACCGUGACAGACCCAGAUAAACAAGACGAUAUCGUCCUUUAUGACAUUGCACUCUACCCCGAGUACCAGGAGAUUCUAAGAAACGAACUCAAGGAGGUCGAUCGAACAGAUGAAAGAAGCUGGCUCUCUCAGAUUCCGAAAAUGGACAGUUUUAUGAAGGAAUCCCAGCGGCUCCACGCCGCUUCCCUCGAAAGGUUCUUAAACCGAUGA